CGUGACCCCAGCCCCAUGGCGCCGUGCCCCCCAGCCCCCCGGCACCAUCCCCAUCGCGGCUCUUCCCGGCGCCUCCCGCGCGGCUGCCGGGCGCAGUGGGCUCCGCGCUGGCACCUCCGCGCUGUGAUUCAUCCCCGUCCCCCCUCCUCGCACGAGCCAAAAAUAGCCAUGCGGGGGGGGGGGGGGGAGCCCUCCACACCGCCCCCCCGCCACCCCCCGCCGCGGGCCGGGAUGGCGGCCGCCACGCCGCGUCCCCGGCACCGCCACGGCCAGGGCACCGGGACGCCGGAGCAGCGCUGGGGGAGACCGCGCGCCGUGCAGUGAUGCUCCAGGAUUGCACCUCCAUGCCAUGUCCCCUCUCCGUGUCCCAUUGCAGUGAAUGUGCAAAGCUCUGGGACUGCCAUAUCCGUUCAAAGUCCCCUCUCCGCAUCCCGUUGCAGUGAGUGUGCGAUGCUCCGGGAUCACCAUACCCAUGCCACGUCCCCUCUUCAUGUCCCGUUGCAGUGAGCGUGUGAUGCUCCAGGCUCAGCACAUCUGUGCAACGUCCCCUCUCCGCAUCCCGUUGCAGUGAGCGUGCGAUGCUCCGGGAUCACCGUAUCCGCGCGACCUCCCAUCUCCGCACUCCAUCGCAGUGAGCGUGCGAUGCUCCGGGAUUGCUGUAUCCGUGCAACGUCCCCUCUCUGCAUCCCGUUGCAGUGAGCAUGCGAUGCUCCGGGAUCGCCGCAUCCGCGCGACGUGCCCCCUCCGCGUCUCCUCGCAGUGAGCGUGCGAUGCUCCGGGAUCGCCACAUCCGUGCAACGUCCCCUCUCCGCAUCCCGUUGCAGUGAGCGUGCGAUGCACCGGGAUUGCCGCAUCCGCGCGACGUCCCCUCUCCGCGUCCCCUCGCAGUGAGCGUGCGAUGCUCCGGGAUCGCCGCAUCCGUGCAACGUCCCCUCUCCGCAUCCCGUUGCAGUGAGCGUGCGAUGCUCCGGGAUCGCCGCAUCCGCGUGACGUCCCCCCUCCGCGUGCCGCCGCCGUGAGCGGGCCAUGCCGAGCCCCCCGCGGCGCCCGGGCGGCCCCACCGUGCUGCCGGCGGACGGCUCGGCGCUGCUGCGCGCCGUGGCCCAGGGCAAGUUCCGCCUCACCCGGCUGCUGCUGGAGGGAGGCGCCUACAUCAACGAGGGCAACGCGGCCGGGCAGACGCCGCUGAUGGCCGCUUGCCGGGCCCGCUACGCCGACCCGCUGGCGCAGCCCCGCAUGGUGCGCUACCUGCUCGAGCGCGGCGCCGACCCCGACAUCCCCGACAAGACGGGCAAGACGGCGCUGAUGCACGCCUGCGCCGAGCGGGCCGGCCCCGCCGUGGCCGCCGCGCUGCUGGCCCACGGCGCCGACCCCAGCGCCCGCGACUACGCCGGCGCCUCCGCCCUGCUCUACGCCCUCCACCGCGGCGACCGGGAGACGCUGCAGGCGCUGCUGGACGCCUGCAAGGCGCGGGGCAAGGAGGUGAUCAUCAUCACCACGGCCACGUCGCCCCGCGGCACCAAGACCACGCGGCAGUACCUGAACGCGCCGCCCUCGCCGGCGCCCUGCGCCUCGCCCUCCGACGUGGAGGUGCGCGCCGCCCCGUCGCCGGCCGGCAGCGAGGAGGAGCCCCACGUCUUCCGCUUCCCGCCGGCCGCCCCGCCGCCGCCGCCGCCGCCGCCGUCCCGGGCCCGCGGGCGGCCGCUCCAGCGGCUCAACUCGGAGCCCUGGGGGCUGGCGGUGCCGGCGGAGCGCCCGGCCGCCGGCCUCGAGGCGCUCGCCGUGGGCCCGCCGCGCCGGCGGCACAGCCUCGAGGGCCGCCGCGCCGCCGAGCCCGACGGCGCCCGGCCGCGGGGCGAAGCGGAGCGGCGGCCGCCGGCGCCGGGCUCGCCGUGGCGUCGCGGCUCCGGCGCUCUGCCGCUCGAGCCGGCCGCCCUCGGCCGCGCCGGCUUCUUGCCGCCGCUGCCCGGCGGCCCCCGGGCGCCCUCGCCCGCCCGCCGCGGCUCGCCCAAGGGGCGCCGCAAGCUGCUGCGCCGCCACUCCAUGCAGACCGAGCAGAUGCGGCAGCUCGCCACCUUCCAGAGCGCCCGGGGCGAGCCGGGCAGCUAG